AUGUCCACAGUCAUCUUCAAAGUCAUGCCGUCAGGGAAGCAAUAUCUAUGCGACAAAAACAAUGCGAGAUAUGCUUCCCCCGUGCUAGACAGGAUACUCCAUGGGGCAGGUGCAGAGCACCAAAUGAAUAUUGAAACCACCAGCGAAGCUGUAGAGCUUCUUAUUCAAUGGAUUGAGCAACACGAAAGACCAUUCUUCGACCGGCUAAUUCUGCCGUACUUUGCUUAUAUAGACUGCCAACGUGAACCACAAGAGUACGCCCGCUACCCCGCCGAAUACAACACACGCAAAUUCGUCGAAUGCAGGAACAAUAUCAGGAGCCUCAUUGGCGUCUGGUACUUGGCUGCCAAUCUUGAGAUAACGCCCCUGAUGUCCACGGCCUUGGUUCUCAUCGACACUAUAAUCACAAUGUACGGUUUUGCCGGGUGGGGUUACGUGGCGUCAGAAAUCAACUGGGAGACAGGCAACGGAAUGGCAUACUUCUUCCUUGGAUUAUGGGCAUGGCGCCUACAAACCAGCCAUGGCGAGGUAUCUCAGUGUCUAGAAACACUGCCAAAGAAGGUGCGCGAUUCGGUGGAGGCUCUUGUGGAAAGCUGGGCCAGCAUCCGGUACGAGGGACAGAGGCCAAAUCCUAAGGACGAGAUAUAUCAGAUCACGGGUACCAUAGACGACCAACCCUCGGAGGAUUCACAGCCGAUUGACGGACAGCCAACCGUUCUCGACUGA